AUGGCCUACCUUCAUCUUAUUGUCAUUGCGCCUCUUGGGCACAUUCAAAAAUCAUUUCACGAUGCCCAUGCUGAGAAGCUCAUCCCACCUAAGACUACCGAAGCCGGCGCCGAACCAAAAGAACUCAAGAAGAAGCUCGUAGCAUACUGGAACGUGCAAGACGCUUUCCGCCGUUUAAAUCACUCUGGUUCUAUCCACGAUUUGCAAGUUUUGAGGCAAGCUUUCCGUAAGGGCAGAACCGGACGACCUGCGAAUCUUGACAUAGUUGUCGUCAAGAUUUGCAUUAAUCGGCUUGCGCUGGCGAAUGCAGCUAAGGCUAUGGGACUCGGGACUUGCUCAGUUGAUGCACCAUGGACAAACAACAAGAAGCCAUCUCCCGAUCGACUUUUGCCUCCGAACAAACGAAAACCCAAACUCCCAGACAACCGGGCCCGAAAUCUGUUCCCAAGGAAAAGACCAAAGCACCGGGUGCCGCUCAGAGCGGUUCAGAGUCAAUGCUUCCCCCUGCGGCGGGGAUGGCAAGUGCUCCAUCGAGAUUCACCAAGCCUAGACGCGACCCCUUCGAUGGCCCUGCCUUACCAGGCGCAUCUUAUCGCUGCGAGAAAGACUGCAUUUGCAGAGAAACGAAGCACGGCAAAGAAGGCAACUUCGUUAGCAAAUUUCCCAGCUUCUGGUAGUUCUUGGGACAUUCGAGGCUCAUACAAGACUGAGUGCCUUGAAAUUGAAGGUGGAUGGAGUCCCCACAAGACAGGGGAACAACAACUUGAUGGUACAUUUCAUUUAAGAGUUGUGGAAGGAGUUGUGAGAUUCGAAAAGCCAAUUUUGGUGCCGAAGUCUGAAUCCACGUCGAAAAAGCGGAAACGAGAAGUUAUGGGCGAAGAUUCAGAUGUUGAAAUGCAUAUGCUUCCCGAAUAUAAGGGGAUGAAGACUCAAGUAGUUUAUACUGAGAAAGUAACCUUCCUUGGUGCCAAAGACAAGCCCACUGCUCGAAGACCUACCUGGCGAUAUCGAUGGCGUGGGUCUGAGACUGGAGAAGGCGAGACUCAACUCGAUUCAGACAAAAACGUUCAGUCCCAUACUUUCAGCAAGAAAGGGAUGGAGCUGGAGGGGGACUAUCGAUGUUGACUUCAUUGGCUUAUGCCACUUAACAGACGUAAGAUUCGUUCCCAACCCCAGGAUCCGCACGUGGACCCUGAAGCGCAAUGGAGCAAUAAUUGAGAAGACGCAUAUGAAUACGCUCGUAAAGCAAGAUGGCGAAAACGCGGAGGCUGGCAAUCUGUGAAGGCUUGACUGGCCUUCAUUCAUUGCUGGCUCGCGUUCGACUUCGCGUCAGAAUUAACGGCACCCGGAAUGAGACGUGCACUUCGGCCACUGGCCUCCCUUGCUGCUACGUCAAAUACCUUGGAUGGGUAUUAAUUGUGUGAGAUUACAUUAUGGGAUUGGGAGAGUGUCGGCUGGCAGGUGAAUGGUAUUGCCGGUUUUGCCAGUUAACUAAAUAUCUUUACUGGGUAUUGCUCGAGGCUCUCUAACCUCACGUUUUCCACUU